UGCUUUAUAAUAAGUGCCCACCAAAACUGAACGUUGACUCUCUGUUCAUGUUACUGAUCAAAACGCACCAAUUAACUUCUUUGAGCUUUCUUUGAUCUGUAUAUAGCACUGUUUCAGGGGCACAAAUGGAGUUAGGCUAUGAUAGACAGAGUGAACUGAAAGCCUUUGACAACACAAAAGCCGGUGUGAAGGGACUCGUGGACGCUGGAAUCACCGAGGUCCCCCGCAUAUUCCAUCAACCACCUGAUGAUAGCCUGGUGAACGCUUCAUCAUCUGCUGAAGUCCAAGGUAGUAUUCCUAUCAUUGAUCUCAAAGGCGUCGAUAAAGAUCCGAUUAGACGCAAGGAGAUAGUUGAUCAAGUUCGAGGUGCAUCAGAGUCCUGGGGAUUUUUUCAAGUGGUGAAUCAUGGGAUUCCUGUGAAUACCAUGAAAGAAAUGAAGGAUGGGACUCGGAGAUUCUUCGAGCAAGAUAUUGAAGUGAAGAAGAAAUUCUUCACUCGGAAUGAUUCAACAAAAAGGGUUGUGUACAACAGCAAUUUUGACCUGUAUAGGACGCCAGCUGCUAAUUGGAGAGAUUCACUAUUCUGGGUUAUGGCUCCUGAUGCUCCAAAGCCAGAGGAGUUGCCUAUUGUUUGCAAAGAAAUACUGAAGGAAUACUCCAAGGAAAUAUUGGAACUGGGGAAAUUCUUGUUUGAUUUGUUAUCUGAGGCUCUUGGACUGAACCCGAACCACCUAAACGAUAUUGGCUGUGCAGAGGGAGUCUGUGUUCUGUGCCAUUACUAUCCGGCAUGUCCUGAGCCUGAACUAACCUUGGGCACUAGCAAACAUUCGGACGGUGUCUUCCUUACAGUGCUUUUGCAGGAUCAUAUUGGUGGCCUCCAGGUGCUUCACCAAAACCAGUGGAUUGAUGUAACUCCCUUGCCUGGUGCUCUAAUCGUUAACAUUGGUGAUCUUUUACAGCUUAUAACGAACGACAGGUUCGUGAGUGUGGAGCACAGGGUGCUUGCAAAUGGAAUAGGGCCUAGAAUAUCAGUGGCAUGCUUUUUCUACACUCAGUUUCUGCCAAACACGAGACUUUAUAGUCCAAUUAAGGAGUUAUUAACGGAAGACAAUCCUCCCAAAUACAGAGAAACCACUGUGAAAGAGUAUGCUACCCACUACAACGCCAAAGGCCUUGAUGGAACUUCUGCUUUGCUGUAUUUCAAGCUCUAACUUCAGUCGUGUGUGGAAAGAAGAUUGAAAAAGAAAAUGCUUGCAGGACAACUGAUGUCCGUUUUGUAAACUAAAUAAUGUUGGAAAAUGUCAUGUGUGAAUGGCAUCCAAAAGACAAGUGUGUAUACAAAAAUAUCACAUUGGAAAUUUAAUUAGCACUUGGAUUGCUAGUUUAUAA